AAAAUACCUCUUCCACUAGUUUGUUUAUCUUGACUUGAAACAAAUCAUUAUUCAAUUUCAGUUCGUUUCAAUCCUCUCAUAUAUCACCGCUUCCUUAGAUCUACUUGCUUCAUCAAUCAACAAUCAUGGUUCUUCAGCACAGAGAUCUCGACCUUCUCCUUUCUUCUCAUUUGAUCAACCACCCCAGGGGUGAUGGUGCAAAAUCCAAUUCGAUGUCAAUUGAAAAGAAAAUUGAGUUCCUUGAAAGCUUUACGGGAAAGGUCACAAAUCGAAGAUCUCGUAGGUGGUUAAAUGACCGCCUCUUGAUGGAACUUGUGCCACGUUUAAAUGCAGAGGAAAUUAGAGGCUUGUUUGCUCCACCACCAUUUGGUGAUGAAGUUCCACCUUCAACAUUUUCCUUGACUAAUGUGGAGGAGUGGGACAGAUUCAGAAAUAUAGACAUGGACAAAGAGGUUAAUAUAAUUCACGCCUUUGAAAAUUCUUUAGAAAAGAAGGAAGGUCGCAUUGAUGCUGACAAGAUGGCUGUGUUGAAUGGUUGGCGUAGAGUUGGUAGUAAUACAAGAGAGGCACUUCGCCGCAGCUCUCUUUUUGAACUCAUAGAGGGUUAUGAGGAAUGUCUACGGGCCUUCAUAACCGAAAGCACAGAUGGAGACCUUCUUGAACUUAGUAUUAAAGAUCCUUUCCAUAGAUUGUUGCUGCAUGGAGUUUGUGAGUUCUACAAUCUGGCGUCAGACACGGUGUCUGAUCUGAAUGGCACAGAGACGUCAAAGACGACUAAGAUAAAGAAGAAGAAAAGGGCUUCUCCGGAGCUCCCAAAGAUCACUCUGUCCCAUUUCCUGAGAAUGUCGAAGGAAGGAAGUUGGUAGUUUGUUCUGGGCAGAACUGCUGUCCAUUGUCCAUACAAUAAAACCCAUUAUUGGAUAUUCUCAGAACUAAAAUCAAGCCCCUCCCUUUGUACGGGGAUGGACAGUGUUCAAACUGUAGUUAAUUUUAAUUUAUUUUCCAAAUAUCACUGUAAAUUAGUUCAUCGCCAACCUGUAUUUUUAAUUGGUUGAUACCAUCAGUCAACAAUAAAAUGUUGAUUGUUGGUUUUCUCUGUUGUAGCUUAUGAAAUAAGAUUUUAAUUAUUAAUUAUGAAAACUUACGAUUAUCCGAUUUAUAUGUCAA